AUGAGUGAUCUAAACGUGCCCAUGGGCCCCCCCUCCCCCGCCGUGGGGCAGCAGGCUCCUAACGAUGGGGGCAUGGACUACAGGGACUGGGUGAGGCGCAGUUACCUGGAGCUGGUCAGCUCCAACCAUCACUCUGUGCAGGCGCUGUCCUGGAGGAAGCUCUACCUGAGCCGCGCCAAACUGAAGGCGUCCAGCCGCACCUCCGCCCUGCUGUCCGGCUUCGCCAUGGUGGCCAUGGUGGAGGUGCAGCUGGAGACGCAGUACAGUUACCCGCGGGUGCUGCUGAUCGGCUUCAGCGUCUGCACCACGGUCCUGGUGGCGGUGCACCUCUUCGCGCUCCUCAUCAGCACCUGCAUCCUGCCCAACGUGGAGGCGGUCAGCAACAUCCACAACCUGAACUCUGUGAGCGAGAGCCCGCAUGAGCGCAUGCACCACUACAUCGAGCUGGCCUGGGGCUUCUCCACCGCGCUCGGCAUCCUUCUCUUCCUCGCCGAAGUCGUGCUGUUGUGUUGGAUCAAGUUCCUGCCGGUGGGCGCCAAGAAGCAGCAGCUGUCCCCGACCGUCUCGCCCAGCGUCUCGGACAGCGGGUGGCAGGCCGCGCUGGCCUCCACCAUCAUCAUGGUGCCGGUGGGAGUCAUUUUUGUGAUCUUCACCAUCCACUUCUACAGGUCGCUGGUGCGCCACAAGACAGAGCGCCACCAUCAGGAGAUCGAGGAGUUGCACAAGAUCAAAAUUCAAUUGGACGGUCACGAAAGAGGGUUACUGAAUGUUGGAAAUAUUGGAAAUGUUGGCUAG